AUGCCUCUAUCAAAGGUGGAGCACUACCUUUCAUACCAUACGCGCUUACUCUUACCCCAUGUUUUGUCUCUUCAGUCAUCACAUCGUGUUGCAUACAUCUUUUCGCUAUUAUCUGCGGUGUCAACUGGCUUCAUUACUUUGAUAUCUCUUUACUCUCAACCGUGGCAGAAACAUUUAAAUUAUUCCUCAUGGCAAAUCAACACCAUCGCUAGUAUGACUAAUUUGGGGAUGUACUUGACGCCACCAAUCUUGGGGAUGAUCGCUGAUUCUCAUGGCCCCAUUACUUUAAGUCUUUUAGCCAUCAUAGGGUUCAUACCUAGCUAUUCAUAUCUGGCUUACGUUUUUAAUCAUCCGGAGUUAUCUCUCGGAGGAAAUGGUGACUCAUCAUUCAAUCUAUCCAUCAUUUGUUUCGUUUUCAUAGGUAUAUCAACAAGCGCUUUAUACUUUAGCGCUUUACUGACAUGCACUAAGCUAUAUCCUCAUACAAAACUACUAUCCAUUAGCUUACCAACGACAUGUUAUGGUAUUUCUUCUGUAGUCGGUUCUCAACUGCUAAGAAUCAAAUGGUUCUGGUCCUCUAACGCAAGUUCUUCCUCGUCCAAUAGUGACUUAAACCUGGGAAGAGUAUUCCAAACAUUUGCCCUCGUUUAUGUCGUUAUUGGGCUACUUGCAUGGAUAGCCACCAGCGUGGUAUCACUUUUGCAUUUUAAUGAAGAGCAAGACAACCAAAAACGGCUGGAUGAUCAAACUGAUGUGGAACAAUCACCGCUGUUAGAACGAAGUAAUCAUGUUCAAGAAAAGUUUACGCAGACGAUGCUAAGGAUCUUUAGUGAUCCUGUGACAUAUAUCCUAGCGGUAUCAAUUUUGUUAUCACUUGGGCCCCUCGAGAUGUUUAUUGCCAAUAUGGGAUCACUGACUAACCUGCUAGUCCAAUUAGAUGCGCCAACCUUAUCUACAAAGUUGUUAUCCACAUACGCGCUAUCUUCCACUUUUACGAGAUUGCUCACAGGCAUAGUGGCAGACUUCUUCGCCAAGAAAAAAAUAUCAAUUAAAUGGAUCCUGUUGACUUUCCUUUCAUUAGGGGUAUGUGCACAACUGUUUUUAUUGAAAAUGACCUCUUCAGCGUCACCCUGGGGGCUAGUACCUACAGGAUCAUUGGUUGGAAUUGUAUACGGUGGACUUUUCACUGUUUAUCCGACGCUGGUCCUGUUAGUAUGGGGCGAACGCUCAUUCGGGACUGUUUACGGUAGCUUACUAAUUGCACCUGCUAUAGGUUCUAUGAUAUUUUGCAUGUUGUAUGCCAAAUUUUACGAUUCUCGCUGUAUGAGUGGCGGAGGAGAUCUGCGAAAUCCGUCCUGUAUUUCGGCUGUCUACAAGUACAGCAGUAUCGCAUUCGUUGUAUCCGCUGUUCUUUCAGCUGUAGUAUUUUGGAAAUUAAAAAGUAGAAAACUCAGAAUUUAA